AUGAGCCAAAAAUCAACGACCGAACCAAAGAUUUGGCCCGAGCCUGUUUGCUACUUCUUGCCACCGCUUGAGCUGAUGGAGGAGCUCCUGCACACCUUCUACGCCAAGCUGGUGCUGGACUUGAGCCCAGCUGAUGGAAAGUUGGCGUGGGCAUGCGUCAAGACUAGGACUGCGUACAUGGGCAUCUGCUACAUUGACACCCAUGUCAAGCUGAUGGAAGGACGGCUCCUGGACCUAAUGAAGGUGAGCAUGAAGGAGACUGCCUCGCCAUUGUUCAACAGUGCCUAUGCGCAAGCUGCAGAGCAGGCAGAUGACGACGACAAUGAAAAGGAGGAAGAGGCAAUGGAGGAGGAUGUUUGGGAUCCUUUGGACGAGGGGUGA